AUGAUCGUGAGUCCUGGAUCAAGUCGGCCUUGGUUCGUGUGGGCACUGGAGGCUUUGGUGGAGGAUACGAUCCUACCCCGCGACCCAAAGCACAAUUGGCUGGCCGGCUAUGAAGAGGCGCGGGUGAAUGUCAGAGCUCGGUGGAAAGAGCAGGGAUACUGGAAAGACAGUUGGACUAACAGUAUGCCCCACGACGCGAGGUUUGGAUGGUCACCGAAGGCUGCAAAAAAAGACGAGCCGGCUGCAUUGACAGACGUGCCGGGAUGGAAAUCGGGACAUGAGUCCCCGUCACCAGAGCCUCCGGAGCCAAAUAACAUGGACUUUACCCCGUCCGAGAUUGAUGCGCUGGAAGCGAUACACACUCCUCCCCCGUCGCCGUCGCCGCCGCUGCCGGAAGUUGCACUCGGACGUCCUGCUUUUACAUUCAACUUGUUUGGAGGGGACACAGCACCAUCAGCGUCUGUAGGGUCGAUGUCAAACCCCCUUGCAGAUGAGAAUGGCGAUCACGAGGGCACCGGACCAGGAACUGCAGCAGUAGUCACAAGUGGAGAGUCAGCACGGUUGUCGCUGGAGGACAACGUCGACAUGGCUCCUCGCACGGAGCAGAGGCGAGUCGCUCCCCGUGCAACACCACGCAAGCAACAGCGUCGUCCCACCGCGCAUCGCGUCUUCAAAGGUUCAGGCACUGGUACCACCCUUUCGACAGCACAGUCCGAAGUCUCUUCUCCGGUCUCCGAGAUGACAGAGCCAAGGCAGCGAGCAUCUCGAGCUCCGGCCUCUAGAAUCACCAAGCAAGCUCGGCCACUCCGUCGCGGCUUUAUAUUCACAGAAAGAGAACGUCGAUUGAGCAUGUCGCAAUCCGUGAAAGCUUCAGACCAAGACGAUAUGAAAACACAAUCGCAGCUGCUCCCACCGUCAACAAUACGUCGGUCGCGACCAGAACAACCAGAACGACGAGUGGUGACCUCGAAGAGAGGCAUGUGGCUAAAUCAUUGA